AUGGCUGAUUCUAUCCGACACGAUGUCGGGCUCGAGGGGCCGUCGCCCGCGACCAGUGAGGAGGGCUCUCCAAAACCCUCGAAUGAGGUUUCUAUUUCUGAAUCGCGCCGAAAGCUGCCUGAGUUUCUGGAUCACUUUAAUGCACGCGACCUGAAAGUGCUAUUUCGCUGUUCUGUGGCGGCAUGGGUCGCGUCGCUAUUGAUAUUUAUCAACCCAUCUCUGCAGCAGAUCGGGACCGCGACGUUCUUUGCAACAUUGGUGCUUUUCAUGGUCCCUCCCACAGGAAUUGUCUUUAUCUUUAUUCUUGGGGCGUUCACCCUAAUUUUUGGCAUGGCCCUUGGCUGGGCUUGGGGUGUUAUCGCUAUGAAGGCUGCCAUGGCGGCGCGACCGGCGGCCGAAACUCAGGCCAGGAUUCAGGCGCUUGGUCAAACAGCCUAUAGCCAGGCCAAUUCAACGGGGAAGCCCUUAGUAACCGUCGAACAGGAGCUUGUCUACUCUGGCUUCAUGCUGGAUGCUCGUGUUUCUGCUGUCUACUUCUGUCUCAUCUGUCUCAUGGUCUACUUGUUGGCUCGUUUGCGCGCGAAGAAUCCCAAAUUCGCGCUACUUCAGAUCUUUGGCACGAUCAUUAUGGACAUAUUCCUCACGGUCGGCCCGCUGCUGACCUCUUUCAACGGAACUAUUGCCAAGAUCUUGAUUGAGCCUGCUGCCAUUGGAAUUGGACUGGGAUUGGCUUCCUCGAUUCUCUUGUUUCCCAAGUCGACUUCAGCCACCGUUCUCGAUGGUGUCGAGGGUCUUUCGCGAUUGCUGAGGGGUCCAUUAGAUGUGACUGUCGCCAGUCUUCUCAAGGACGAACAUCUGGUGAUGCAAGACCUUCAGAAGCUGAAGCAGAAAACCAUCUCAUGCUACAAGAAGAUUGAUCCCGCACUCGCCUUUUUGCCAUUGGAUUUCUCCGUUGGUCGAUGGAGUGCAGAUGAUGUGAAGAGCUUAAAGCAGCCUAUGCGUCAAGCCUGUGUAGCGAGUCUUUCUUUGCUGGAAUUCCAAAUUGCCCGCCUUGGAGGAGAGGCGAAAUUAGAGAAACUUCGUGCACUCACUGCUGACUCUGCGCAACACUCUGAAGUCAGCCUCAACGAGAAGAAGAAACCACGCGAGGUGGGCAUGCGCCAGCUAAUGGAUAGUGUCCACAUGGUCCAGGCAUUGCGAAGCCCCGAACACGAGGGCCUUCGAUUGGAUAUGCUCGAUGCGAUUCGUCAGCCUUGUCAGACUAUUUUGCCCGCCUGCCAGGAAGCGGGCGACGUUGUCGCUGAAUGCAUCAAGGCUGUUAAUGCUGCCCGUUGGUUUCGUCGGCCGUCUAAGCAGCAUUUAGAUGAGCUUCAACAGCGCAGCUACUUGGCCUUCGAGACACUGAAGAGCUUACGGUCAAAAUAUGCCGAAGAAACGACGGAACGCUUGCUGCAGAUCAAUGCAGAUAUCUUCGAUGAGAAUGGCAAGGUCAAGGCUAUCGACAGCUCUUCCAUGCCCAAGCUCCGCGGUAUCAUGUUCGGCAUGGUCUUUGAAGAACACGUUCUUGGUGUCGCUGAUGGCUGGGAGCAAGUGCUGGGUCAAGUCGAUACCCUCAUGAGAGAGCGUCAGAAGUCCCGGCUGUGGCUGCCAAAGGGACUGCGCUAUGCUUUCAACUGGAUAUUCCGAAGAAGUGCUGAUGCACCCGUUCCAGCAGCACAGUCUCCUGCUGUGGAUCCUGAUCUUGUAGAGGCACAGUCAAAGGAGGCUCAACAGGCGCUCCGAAUGAGUCGUGGUUACCGAGUAAACCAACGUAGCGGCCUUGGACGUGUCAUACUUGGUACUUAUCACUGGCUCAUCAGCUACGAGGGUAUGUAUGCUUUGCGUAUGGUCGUUGUGACUAUUGCUCUGGCUAUUCCGGCUGUGAUUCCUUCCAGUGCCGGGUUCUACUAUCGGGAGAAAGGAUUGUGGGCUCUGAUUAUGGGACAGACUACAGUUGUGGUGUACAUGUCGGACUUUGCCCUCUCUCUCAUCUCCCGUUUCAUUGGAACCAUCCUUGGGGGCGUCGCUGGUCUGGUGGCAUGGUAUAUUGGUUCGGGUAAUGGAUCUGGUAAUCCAUACGGCCUUGGUGCGGUAAUGGCUGUUGUAAUUGUCCUCUUGAUGUGGGCUCGCAUCUUUGCCCCUAUAGCUUUGCUCCAGGGUGCGAUGAUGGGUGGUGCAACAUGUAUCCUUGUAAUCGGCUACAGCUACGAUGAUACACACAUCCCAUCGUACGGAAACCCUGGUUGGGGAUACAGUGUCUUCUGGCGACGACUCGUGCUAGUUCUUGUGGGAUCCGCCGCGGCUAUGAUUGUACAAAUCUUUCCUCGCCCACCUUCCGCGACCCGACACAUCUGCAAAUCUUUGUCCAACGCGCUACGUGGGCUCUCCGACCACUACGCUCUGCUCUUGUCAUGCUGGGGCCAACCACAUCGCAACGAGGGCAUGGUGGCUGAACAACUCGCACUCGAUGUUGCUCAGACCCUCAGCGCCCUCGAUGGACCCGUGGCGCUACUCCGUCUCGAAUUCUCAAGCUCGCCUUUUGACAGCGAUCGCCUCGCCCAAGUGAAGUCUCUUUGCCAAGAACUCAACCAGCAUCUUGGCCGUCUGCUCUACUUGUCGGCAUCACUGCCUGAAGAACUUCAACAUCGUCUCGCUCGCCAGGCUGGCCUUCUCGACCACCGUAAUAUAGGAGACGUCAUGGCCGUUAUGGGCGUCGUUGAGCAGGCCCUCAAAACAGGCGAUCCCUUGCCUGAGGUGCUCCCGACGCCACUUCUGAAGCGGUGCUUCGAAUACUGGCGUUCACACCAGAUCGAAAUCAUGCUGAGCAAAGACCUGAUUCGCGAUGAGAGUUACCGCAAGUUCUGCGUCGCAGUCAGUUCCUAUCUCAAGUUCCUGAGCGCAGUGGAUGAUCUAGUGCUAGUGAUGAAGGGCACACUCGGAGAAGCCCACAUCGUGAGCCGUGAGUUGAUGCAGGAUAUGCUUGUUGAUUUGCCCCAAAGGCCGAAUGACUAUAUUCUAAUAUAUACUGGCCUAAUGGCAGCUUCGCGUCUUUCUCGUCUCCCGCGCUGGAUUAGCCACUGGUUGGGCUACCGUCCCAGAACUCCCACACCAUUACCGACAUGGCAAAUAGCCGCAUGGUCCUUCAUCGCGGCCUUUUGCGGUCUUUCAGUGCUGCAGGGCAUCUUUAAUUAUUCCGACUACUUCAAAGAACGCAAUGUACCCGGUAUCAUCGCAUCAUAUGGCGCGUCCGCAGUCCUCGUCUUCGGUGCAAUUGAAAGCCCCCUUGCCCAACCACGGGCCCUGAUUUUCGGCCACUUUUUCAGCGCUCUAACUGGUCUCUGCGUCACCAAAUUAUUCAGCCUCAUGCCAAACCAAGCGCGUUUCGAGUCAUUGCGCUGGCUCGCCGCCUCCUUGUCUACCGCUAUUGCUAUCGUGAUUAUGCAGCUCACUGGCACGACUCAUCCUCCUGCUGGUGCUACUGCUCUUCUCCCGGCUACCGAUGAGCAAAUUUGGCAGCUUUCCUGGUAUUAUCUGCCUGUGGUGCUGCUGUCUUCUACGAUGCUCAUGUCUUGUGCCUUGUUGUUGAACAAUCUGCAUCGGCGGUAUCCGGUUUUCUGGAUUGCGCCGAGUCCGCCAAAACCUGCACCAGCACCGACGCCGGUGUCGGCGUCGGCUGAUGGUAGUCAGGCUUCGUCGUCUCAUGAGAAAUUGCCCGAAACGCCGGUCUAA